ACCAUCUCCCCGGGUGGAUUACCGAUCCGCAGUCCUCUCUGCAGUCCGCUCCACCAGAGCGCCGCCAUCACGUCUUCUGUGACGUCACUUUAGUCGCGAUCCGAUGACGUCAAAACAGCGCCGACAUAGAGAGAUUUUUAAUGGAUCGAUUUGAUAUAAAGUCUGGCCACAAUGUGGUUGUCCUCUGGGACAAUUCAUCCACUGCUGAGUCCGGGAUGCAACUGGUUCAAGACAUUCGGGCAGUCGCUGGGGAAUUCGGGUAUGUGGCAAUGGAAAACAUCGGGAGAUUGACCAUAUCUGCUCACCGGGACUCCAGUUUUGACCUCGUGCUCUCAGGCUUAGUACCAAACUCUGCCACCAUGCACAGUUUUGAGGUUUUUGCUGAAAUAGCUCGAAUCCUGAAGCCUGGAGGAAGAUUUUACUUCACGGAGCCCGUGUGUGUAUCAGGUGAUUCCAGCAAGCUGAAGACUGGAUCUCAGCUCACCUCUGCCCUGAAGCUGGCUGGAUUUACCGAGAUCACUGAGGUAGGGCUGUUUACGAUACAAACUGAGUCUUUAACAGCUGAGCAGCUGGGUUCCAUCAAACAAUCUGUCGGUUACCAGGGUAACAACUUGAUAAAGGUGGAGUUGAUGGCCAAGAAACCAAACUUUGAAAUCGGAUCCUCUGCUCAACUGAAACUGUCCUUUGUUAAAAAACCGAAAGCAGUUGAGAAACCUCAGCUGGACCUCAAUACGAGAAAAGCCUGGACACUGUCAGCCACAGACAUGAAUGACGAUGAUGUGGAUCUCAUUGAUUCUGAUGAACUGUUGGAUGAAGCUGAUUUGAAGAAACCCGAUCCGGCCUCGCUUCGAGCAAUGGACUGCGGAGAGGGCAAGAAAAAGAAACGGGCCUGUAAAAACUGCACCUGUGGGCUGGCUGAUGAAUUGGGUGGAAAAGGAUCCAAAGGUGUGAAGACACCACAGGUGAAAUCAUCUUGUGGAAGUUGCUACCUGGGUGAUGCUUUCCGCUGUGCCAGCUGUCCUUACAUGGGGAUGCCUGCCUUCAAACCCGGUGAAAAAAUUCUCUUGUCUGACCAGACGCUGACUGAUGCCUGAACGGAUUCUGUGAUUGUGGAUUAUUGUAAGGUGAUGUGUGAGACAGGUUCUGCUUUCCCAAAUGAACGUUCCUGUUUGAUCUGAAUAUUUGAAUCAUUGUUUUUUUGGCUCCACAAACGUGAUUAACCUUUCUUUCAAUUGGAUACCUUCAGAUUGAUGCUGUAUUCAAAUUCCUGCUGACAUUAGGGUGAUUUGUAUUCAGUUUGAAGUGUUUACUGAGAUGAGGGAAUAAAUGCUGACCUGUUCUACUGUUUUCCCACCCCUGCUGUGAAUAUUGAAUGAUUUUUGUGCUGAUUCAUUUCCCUGUAUUGUACUAUACUAUUAAAUUGCUUUCAGUCUUUUUCACUCUU